CUCCGACAUCAUCGUCAUCAUCUUGCUUUGUAAUAUUUAAAGAAGAAAGAAAGAAAGAAAAAACGUCAAAGGAAAUCACAGCAGGAUCAACCUAAAUCAAGAAGAAGAAGAAGAAGCUGAAGCUUUUCUUUGAACUCAGUAAAAGAAGGACUCUAGUUAUGGGAAAUGGAGAAUCAACAUAUGAUUCUCGUGAUGAUCUUUCUCAACAACCCCCUUGGGAUGCUGGGAGUUCAGUGAAUACUAGCUAUCAAUAUCAUCAACCCUCUUCUUAUGCAGGGAGUUCGGUGAAUACUAGAUAUCCACAUAAGCAGCAACCCGCAUAUAUAGCUGACAAUUUCAGUUCAUUGGAUCAGGUUGUUUCUGCUCUUAGAGAAGCUGGUCUGGAAUCUUCAAAUUUAAUACUCGGUAUUGACUUCACCAAAAGCAAUGAGUGGACAGGCAAGCACUCCUUUAACCACAAAAGCCUUCACUCUAUUGGAAACACCCCUAAUCCAUAUGAGCAAGCAAUCUCUAUCAUUGGCCGUACUCUCUCUUCCUUUGAUGAAGAUAAUCUGAUACCAUGUUUUGGAUUCGGUGAUGCAUCUACACAUGAUCAGAAUGUGUUCAGCUUUUAUCCUGACCAUCGCCAUUGUCAUGGUUUUGAGGAAGUACUUGCACGCUACAGAGAGAUUGUUCCACGCUUAAAAUUGUCAGGUCCAACAUCAUUUGCCCCUGUAAUCGACGCAGCAAUUGACAUCGUGGAGAGAAGCAAUGGUCAAUAUCAUGUUCUUGUCAUUAUUGCUGAUGGACAGGUUACUAGAAAUUCUGGUACACCACAGGGAAAGCUCAGUCCACAAGAACAGGCAACUGUGAAUUCUAUUGUUGCUGCAAGUCACUAUCCUCUCUCAAUUAUUUUGGUUGGAGUUGGAGAUGGACCAUGGAAUGAAAUGCAGCACUUUGAUGAUAACAUUAAUCAGCGCUUAUUUGAUAACUUCCAGUUUGUUAAUUUCACAAAGAUCAUGUCUGAGAACCAAGAGGAAUCAAAGAAGGAAACAGCAUUUGCACUUGCUGCCCUUAUGGAAAUUCCCAUUCAGUACCGGGUAGCUCAAAAUAUACAAGUUGCCAAAGGAGAAUCAAUAAGUUAUCAAGUUAAAAGGCCUCUCCCUCCACCUAAGGAAGUAAUAGAUCAUGACAAUGCAGUCCUAGCAGUUCCACGCAUGACAAAUUUUGAAUCAGUUGAGCCAACAGCUCCAGCUGCAAUAGAAUCAGCAUGCCCUGUUUGCCUAACCAAUCCGAAGGACAUGGCUUUUGGAUGUGGUCAUACAACUUGCAAGGAGUGUGGCGUGACAUUAUCUUCAUGCCCUAUGUGCCGGCAGCAAAUUACAACUCGCCUGAGACUAUACACUUGAGUUGGAGAUUUAUUAGCUGCUGAUUUAUGCUUUUCUUAUAUUGCGGUUGAUAAGGUAUGUAAUGACCACCUGUAAAAUUUACAUUUCAGAUAAAAAAUAAGAUGUACAUGUAUAGUUUGUGUUUAAACAAAAUGUUCAUUGAAUUUGAAAUUGUUAG